AUAAAAUAAUUGUCAGGUUUGGUCAUCGAGGGUUUGGUGGAGAAUAUUAUCGAUUAAUAUGGAUUUAAAGGAACUUUUAAAGCGGAAAAUUAAAAAAUUAGAAGAAGACGAGAAUAAAAUUACCCCAGAAAUCUCCCUUAAACUGGAAGACGAGCACUUUCAAGCCCUUUUGAAAAAAUGGGGCAAAGAUACCAGCACACAAAAACAAGGGCUGCCCAGAUUUUUUAAUAGAAUACCAAACGACAGUGAACCAUUAAGACUCAAAUUACGAGAAGACAGUAGAGCAAAUUUACAUAAACGCAAAAACUUAACGAUAUUAGAUAGAAACGAGUUAAACAAUUUAUGGGUGCUGUUGGAUAACCAUCAAUCUUCACCUGAUGAACAGCUAAUAACGUAUGCAGAUUUUCAGAAAGUGUCCCAAUUAGCUGGCCCCAAAGUGAAACCUUACUUUAAACCCAGCGUAUUUGCCAAAUUGCAACAGGGUGAUCCUCAAGGAAGAGUUUCAAUAAUUUCUUUAUUCAAUUAUGUAAUGAGGAAAGUGUGGACUGAUCAAACAAGAGUAGGAUUGUCAGUUUAUGAUACUACUGGACAGGGUUAUCUUACUGAAACAGAAUUAGAAAACUAUAUUACCGAGCUAUUGCCUACUUUAUGUCAGUUGGACGGUUUAGAAAAAUCAUUCCACAGCUUUUAUGUUUGUACUGCUGUUAGGAAAUUUCUAUUUUUUUUGGAUGUUGUCAGAGCCAAUAGAGUACGAAUUUUGGAUAUCCUGGCUUGUACCUUUUUAGACGAUUUACUAGAACUUAGAGACGAGGAUGUUAGUAAGGAAGUACAAGAGCAGAAUUGGUUUAGUGCUCCUUCAGCUUUAAGAAUUUAUGGGCAUUAUUUAAACUUGGAUCGUGACCACAAUGGUAUGCUAAGCAAAUCAGAAUUAGCAAGUUACGGCUCUGGUACCCUAACUAAACCAUUUUUGGACAGAGUAUUUCAGACGUGCCUCACUUACAGUGGAGAAAUGGAUUAUAAGACUUAUUUAGAUUUGGUGCUGGCACUAGAAAAUCGAGGAGAACCCCAAGCAUUGGCCUUUCUAUUCAGAAUAUUAGAUAUUCAAGAGUGCGGAUAUUUAGAUGCAUUUACCUUAAACUAUUUUUUUAGGGCCAUACAAGACCAAAUGAAAGCUCACGGUUCUGGACAAACUGUGUCGUUCGAAGACGUUAAAGAUGAACUUUUUGAUAUGGUCAGGCCCAAAGAUCCGGAAAAAAUUACAUUGAGUGAUUUACUGGCUUGUGGGCAAGGGGAAACUUUUGUCAGUAUUCUGAUUGAGUUCCAAGGUUUUUGGGCUUAUGAGCAUCGGGAACAAAUUUCUUCCGAGCCUCAGGAAGGUAUUUGAUCAACUUCUAAUUGUUUUUUUAUUGUUUUCAAGUGGAUUACACUUUUUUCUAUUUAAACAAAAUGUCUUUUAAUU